AUGUCCUCAGAUAUUUAUGCCAAACCAGAUCUAUCAAAGAAGGUGAGAUACAGCAGAAAGGAGCAGGAGGAUGGAGCAGAGUGGGAGCAGAGGGAGGUGGAUAUCUACGACAGUGCAGACUUUGAUCACACUGGAUUUCAAUCACAAGGAGGAGAGAAGUGUCCUGAUCGAUGGACGAGGUUUGGAAGCAGCUGUUACUUUAAAUCCACUGAGAGGAAAACUUGGUAUGAGAGUCGGAAACUGUGUCAGGAUAAAGGAGCUGAUCUGGUGAUGAUAAACAGCAAAGAGGAACAGGAAUUUAUCAAUGAACUGAACAUGAGAGGAGAGUCCUGGAUUGGUCUGGAACGCACUUCUCAGAAACAUGAAUGGAAAUGGGUGGAUGGAUCACUGCUGACAGAAACGUGA